AUGAAUAUGCUCGACCCACGUCAACUUUUCAUCAAUCCGUUUGCUUACAACAUUGACCCAUCAACAAUAGCACUAUUAGGCACACCACCUGGAGCCCAAAACAGUGCAGCGGGCAAGAUGAAUUUAAGUAAUUCCUUUCGAAUAUCGAACAUUCUCGAAUCCUCCGAAGAGAAAGCGAACACAAGUGGUGAACAUGAGUCUUCAUCGGUGGGUGAGGAAGAGCGCAGUGGAUCAGCUGAAUCGCAUCGAUCCGUUACAAGUCCUCAGUCGUCGGCAAACGGUGGUAAGAAGGCACGUAAGGCGCGAACCAUCUUCACUGACAAACAACUGCAAGAACUGGAAGCAACAUUCGACAAGCAAAAAUAUCUCAGUGUUCAAGAUCGCAUGGAUUUAGCGCAAAGAAUGGGCUUGUCGGACACACAAGUGAAGACGUGGUAUCAAAAUAGACGAACGAAGUGGAAGCGACAAGCUGCGGUCGGGAUGGACCUGCUCAACGAAGCAUCGAAUGUGGCCGCAGUUCAGCAGCUCUUAAGAACCAAUCCGUAUUGGGCCAAUUACAUGGCGGCGAACUCGUUCACGCAUCCUCGACUGUUUUCGUUCGGUGGUGGAAUGAACUCAGUGAACGCAACCACCCUUCAAGGAGCGCUAUCAAUGAACGCACUUCAAGCGGCUGCUGCCGCUUCAUCCAUGCCCAUACCAUCGCCUUUAACCGCACCAAUGCCACCGGCUAUGCCCUCUUCGAAUAUGGCCAUAAUAUCCUCCUCAACACCCUCUACAACCACCACCACGUCAACCUCGUCACCCACACCAACCAGUGCCACAACGCCAACAAACUUCUCGUUGACUAUGUUCCCGUUUCAAAUUCCACCAAAUAAUGCUUUUGCAAUCAACUUACCACAUUCCCCAUCUAAUCCAUUACUCAAAAAACCAUCCAAUACCGAUCAUAGGGAAGAAAUUAACUAA